AUGCGUGAAGCAGUAAAGGUUGUGUUUCCUAAUGCUACUCAUAGGCUUUGUGAAUGGCAUAUUCAGCAAAACUGUCUUGAGAAAAUUAAGAUUCCAGAUUUCUUGAAUGAAUUUAAGACUUUGAUUUAUGGGAAUUUCACUCCAGAACGUUUUGAAACUAAAUGGCUGCAAGUGAUUGAAAAGUAUGGUAUUGGCAUUAACUCAUUUAUUAAGAGGUAUGUGCAGUGCAAAAAUAGCAUCCUUGAUUUCAUUUAUAACUUUGAGAGAGCUGUGGAGGAGUAUAUGCAUAAUGAGUUAGCCUCUGAUUUCAAGUCAAGUUAUGGUGAGCCUGUCUUGAUUACUGCUUUGAGUCACAUUGAACAAGGAGCAGCAAAGUUGUUGACAUUGAAUAUGUUUAGGGAAGUGAGACAUAUGAUUCAACGAGCACUUAACCUUAAUCUUGUUGAACGAUCAGAGAUUGGUACCACAGUGAUGAUAAAGUUUAGCAUUUGUCGUCAUCCAAACACCCAGUUCUUGGUCAUUUAUGACAAGAAUCAGAACAUGUUUGAUUGUGAUUGUGGGUUUUCUGAAUAUGUUGGCAUACCUUGUUCUCACAUUAUAUGUGCUAUGAGAACUGAGAACAUGAAUGAAUUCCCUGCUAAUCUUGUUUCUAAAAGGUGGCUGAAGACUACAAAGGCUGAUUCAUUACAAUCUAUCCCUGCUAUGGAGGUUGAUACUGAUAGAAUGAAAACGCCGCGUAGAGGUGCAAUUUCUGCUGCAUGCAACUUUCUGAGUGAAUAUGGUGCUGAUGACUCUUCUGAUUUCUCAAAUGUUAUCGAGGACAUAUACAAGCUUGUCAAGAAAUUUCAGAAACGUCGCCAUCCCAAUUCUGCUGCAACCAAUUUAUUUGUCAUUGAUGCUGAAGAAGAUGAAGAUUCAUCUGUUGAAAUUGAUGGUGAUAACACUGCUGAUACUCCAGUGCCAUCAUUAGGAGGAGAUAAUGGAGGGCCCAGUUCAAUGAGUACAGUCAAAGCCAAAAGAAAGGUGGGAGAUAGAAGAACCCAAAAGGAUGUUAAACGCAACACUGGAAGUUCCCAAGCUAUGGUGUCACCAACUAUUGAGCAACCUCAAGCUGAUAUUGAAGCCCCUCCAAUGAGUUUCCCCAAUUCCCUGCGAGCCAGAUUUUACAAUCUUUCCAUCCUUUUGCUUCAUACCAGCAAUCGCCUUAUGGCACUCAGUAGAAGACUGAAUAUUGGAUGUGGCUCUGAAUUUUGCUUGGAAUUGCUAUUGCAUUGUGUUGCUUAA